AUGCAAGUGUUUAUUCUUGGAGCCACGGGGCUUGUCGGGGGACACGCGUUUCAAAAGUCCCUUGCUAAGGGCUGGCAAGUGUCCACCGUCACCCGUAAACCGUUGGAGGGCGGCAAAAAUACUGUGGAGGCGGACUUAGAAAAAUGGCCCUCGAUCAUUGAGACCGAGGCAAAGGGGUACGACGCGUUCAUCACCGCCUUUGGCACCACCCGGGCCAAGGCUGGCGGCAUGGACGGGUUCAGAAAGAUCGACUACGGCACUAAUUACGAGGCGGCCAAAGCCGCGAAGGCGGCUGGGGUCAGUACUUUUGUAUUGGUAUCGCUGGCGGGAGCGCUGCAAGGGUCGCUUUUCCCCUACUUGGACUCCAAGGGGAAGCUUGAAGACGAUAUCAUCGCCCUCAAGUUCCCCAAGACGGUGAUUUUGCGUCCCGGGGCUCUCGUGGGUGAGCGCAAGGACUCACACGGCUGGGCCAACGAUAUCGCGAUGCGGUUUGGUGCGUGGACCCACAACACGCCACUUAAUUGUUUGACCUACGGGAUCCCCGGUGCCGACGUGGCUACGGUGGCCGUGUACGAAGCCGCCAAUGCUAAGGACGGGGUGACGAUCAUCAGCCCCGGCGACUUGAUUAAGAAGGCCAACGAGUUGAACCAGCAAGCGCUGUCGUAA